AUGGCUUACUGUUCUUUGAAAAGACAGCUUGGAUUGGAUCCCAAACUUCCGUGCUCGUGGCUCAAAAAACAGGCCCGUCUGGUACCGCACAUAGCACAUUCACUCAUUUACCCUCCCCCUCAUAUUCUCUACUCAGACUCUGGCCAUUACACACCAAUAGCAAGCAAAAGGCCCGAGCGUGUCCACUUGAUUCCCUACGCAGGCAAGCAUUCGCUGGCCGCUGCCGGCCCCUUCGGCCAACUAAUAGUAGCUGCUACCUACCUGGUAAGACAAGUCCAUGGCUACGACGAGCGGCGACCCUGCGCCUGCCACUGGCGCCUCCAACGAUCGCCAUAUGUGCGAUUCAGGUUUUGGAUAUAG